AUGUCUUCUUCCGAAAGAACGUUCAUUGCCAUCAAGCCCGACGGUGUCCAGCGUGGUCUGGUCUCCCAGAUCCUUUCCCGUUUCGAAAAUCGCGGUUACAAGUUGGUCGCAAUCAAGCUCGUCAACCCAACCGAGUCGCUUCUGACGCAACACUACGCAGAACACGUCGGAAAGCCCUUUUUCCCCAAGGUUCUAUCUCACAUGAUGUCUGGUCCAAUCCUGGCCACAGUGUGGGAGGGAAAAGACGUGGUCAAACAGGGGCGCGCCAUGUUGGGAGCGACAAAUCCGCUAAACUCCGCUCCGGGCACGGUUCGUGGCGACUUCGGAAUCGAUACGGGACGUAACGUCGCACACGGAUCAGACUCGGUGGAGUCUGCAGAGCGCGAGAUUGCGCUGUGGUUCAAGCCGGACGAGGUGGUCAGCUGGACUAGUGCCCAAGCCACCUGGGUGUACGAAUAG